AUGGUGCCUAAACCGAUAUCAUUUCGUUCGGUGUGGAACAAGAUGAUGGCCAAAAAUGAUGAAGAGCCAUUGUCUAGUCCAGCCAAACCCACACCGACACGUAAUACACUGUCUUCUGACCCUCCAAAUGUAUUUCUAGCAAGUCCUUCUGCAACUAACAAAUCAAAGUUGAUACUACAUCGCCCAUCGCUGGUUUCUAGAGGAUCAACGCUAUCAGGUUGGUGUAUUACACAUUUGCCUAUAACUCGCGAUAUACUCAAAAACAACGAACUUUUAGUAUCACCCGAUAAAAGUAAAAGUUCAAUUAUAGAGAAGGUUGAAAGCUCCUGUUUUGGAGGAGUCAAAGGGGGAAGAAGCAUCACACUCUCCAGAUUCACAGAAAGAGAUGAAGUAUCUGGAAUAAGCAUAAAAUCGUUCCAUGAUAGAAUAAAAUCGCAUGAAGUCUUUGAGUUUAACGAAAAUGUCAACUCUAAAACUUGCUUUACAACUGGGUUAUCUGAGUCCUUUGGAACCAAACCCUUGGAAUCUACAAAGACCAAUGUAACACUAGAAGAUACGACGGAUACUGAAACAACUAUAAGUAAACCUGUUGUUGAUGAGAAUCCGGUAUUAAAGAUCUUGGUGGCUACGGAUACCCAUUUAGGAUAUAAAGAGGAGGAUAUGUACCGCCAAAAUGAUUCUAUUAAUGUAUUCGAAGAGAUUCUAUAUUUGGCAAAAAAUCUAAAUGCGGAUUUAGUUCUGCACUCAGGGGAUCUUUUUGACAAAAAUCUGCCUAGUAGAAGUACAAUGUAUAAAACAAUGGACCUUCUUAGCUCAUAUCUCAUACGUACCCCUAAUGAUGACAAAGGGUUAGAAAUAGAUACUUCUGCAAUUGUUCCAAGCACUUUGUCUACAUCCAGUAUUUUAGAUGGGUUUAAGGUCUCAGAUGAAAAAACAAAUCACAUUCCAUUCUUUGUUAUCCAUGGAAACCAUGAUAACCCUACCGAACAAAAUUCGCUAUCUCCUAUUGACCUUUUGGAUGUUGCUGGACUGGUGACAUAUUUCGGGAGGGUACAUGAUUUUAACGAUAUUGAGCUAAAGCCAAUAUUGAUUAAAAAGAAUAACAUUAAAAUUGCAUUGUAUGGAAUAGGUUGGAUUAAGGACGAAAAAUUAGUCAUGUUAUUUAAAAAUGAAAAGGUGAAAUUUAUCUUACCUGAGGAACCAGAUGAUUGGUAUAAAAUAUUGCUUAUCCACCAAAACCGUCAUCCUAGGCGUGGAAAUAACCAUAAUGAUUAUAUUAGUCCAUCUUUUCUACCAGAUUGGUUGGAUCUUGUAAUUUGGGGGCAUGAACACGAUUGCUUUAAACUACCUCAAUCAUUUGGUGGUACUACACAAAUUCUCCAAUUGGGAUCAACUAUACAAACGUCUCUGGUGCCCGCAGAGGUACCACAAAAACAUUGUUGUUUUAUUGAAAUUACCCUUGAUGAUGUGAAGUUUUAUCCUAUAACACUACAAUGUGUCAGGAAACUUAUAUAUAGGGAAAUGUCUACAGCUUGUCUAGAACUAAAAGAAAACACUUCGGAAGAACUAUCGAACAAACUUCAUCAGUCUAUAACGAAAAUUUUGGCUGAAGUACAAAACGAUAAAAAAACUGUACUCUGUUCCACAGCACUGCAUAACGUUGUUGGUACGAAAAAUGAGGUAUUCAAACUCAGGAGUGCUAUCAAAAAUGCAAAAGACGUCCCACUAAUGAGGAUCAAAGUUCAUAGUGAUGUAUCACAAACCAUAAAUCCCAGGAUUUUCGGAAAUGCAUACAUAGGGUCCGUCGCAAAUCCGAAUGAUAUUCUAAGAUUUUGGAGUAGCAAUAAGAAGGAAAUUUUGGACCCAUCCGCUUCUAUUACACAUAGUAAAACUGUCAAAGAUAUUGUUCUAGCAUCAAUUCAAGACAACUGCCAAUUAUCCUUACUUUUAGAAUCCGAACUCAACGAAGCAGUUAACAAAUAUGCAUUAGGAAUGGAAACACAAGUGAUCAAUGAGUAUAUAAGAAGCAGAGUAGCUUAUAUGCAAAACUACCUGAAAGAGAAGAUGCGUGAAGCUGUAAAUGAACAAUUGAGUGAUGAUUUAUACCAAGAAAUUAUAGAACGAACAGUAGCUGUGGGUUUUAAACAUAGUAAUUAUAGCGAUAUACAGGCCAAAAUGCAAGAGGAACGCACCUCAGCUGGGUUAUCUAAACCUAGCAACAAAUUUUUGUAUGACGAUAUUAAGGAUGUACAAAACGGAACACCAGAAGAAAAGGUGCGAGAUAUCCAGGACAAAGCCCUCACUAAAGAUAUGGAAUCAAAGACUAUGAACACUCCUGAUAUAAGGACCUCAUUGUUCCCAAAUUUCACACCAGGCAGAGCAGAUACUGGAACACCGAAUGCUAAUCCAGCGAAAAAAAAGAGAGGAAGACCACCAAAAAGUGUACAAACUACGGUAAAAGUUCCAUCAAGUGACACAAGGGUAGCUAAUAAGCUCCAGAGAACUAGUCUUUCACAACAUAAUGGUGUUGUGGCAAUCGCAGGCACAAAGGGUUAUCAAAACACAAUAAUUGACCUUUUCUCAAGGAGAACAGACACAAAUAAAUUCAAUAUGUAA